AUGGAGGCCUGGAGGAGCACGGAAGGGCAGCUCUGGCCUGUAGUCAAUUCAUCAUAUUGGGUGCAGCUGGGUGAAAACAGGAUUGUCGGUGAGACUCCAACCCAGAGGUUCUCAUCGGUGAAGCGGGUCAUUCUCCAUCCCAAUUACAACAGUAGCACUUUCCUUGCCGACAUCGCUCUGGUGGAGCUGGAGAAGCCAAUUGUCUUCAUGGCCUCCAUCAGCCCCGUGUGUCUGCUCGACGCCUCCGUCCGUGUGCCUGCUGGGGACGCCUGCUGGGUGACUGGCUGGGGGAACAUUCACCCCGAAGCGGCGACCCUGCAGGAGGUGGAGGUGCCCACCGUAGACACCACGAUCUGCAACGAUCGCUUCCGAGUAGGAUUACAAAAGCCUGCGGGUGACAAUCCCAUCAAAGAAGACAUGAUGUGGGCCGGGUCCAUGGAGGGCUAUAAAGGCUUUGCUUCGGGUGACUCCAGGGGACCCCUGGUGUGUGAGGACGACAGGACCUGGUACCUUGCUGGGCUUGUGAGCUGGUCACUGGUGAGAGAAGUGAGUGGGGUACUCACUAUUUUUCCCAGUUACCCUGGGGUCUACAACCGCCCGAAUGCCCAUAACGACUGGAUCCAGGAGAAUGUGCCUGGUGUGAGUUUCACGGUGGUGAACUUCACUCUGAACAGUGCCGGUCCCUCUACCACCAUCACUCCGAGCAGUGUCCAUCCAUCUGCCAUCAUCACUUGGAAAGGUGCUGGUGGUCCCUCUGCCGCAAUCCCCAGGGUCCUUCUCCUCAUUAUGCUUUUGCAGCUGACUCUCUAA